AUGGUGAACAAAGCUGCUCUUCAGGCCCUAAAGCGUAAGAAGAGGUACGAGAAGCAGCUUGCACAGAUAGACGGCACGUUAUCAACAAUUGAAUUUCAGAGGGAAGCCCUUGAGAAUGCCAACACGAACACUGAAGUGCUUAAGAAUAUGGGUUUUGCUGCUAAAGCUAUGAAAGCUGCUCAUGACAACAUGGAUAUUGAUAAAGUAGAUGAAUUAAUGCAGGACAUUGCAGAACAGCAAGAGUUGGCAGAUGAGAUUUCAACAGCCAUCUCAAAGCCAGUAGGAUUUGGGGAAGAAUUUGAUGAGGAUGAACUCAUGGCAGAACUAGAGGAACUAGAACAAGAAGAACUAGACAAAAACUUGCUGGAAAUAAGUGGUCCCGAGACAGUACCACUACCAAAUGUGCCCUCAAUAUCAAUACCGUCAAAGCCAGCCAAGAAGAAAGAGGAAGAAGAGGAUGAUGACAUGAAAGAGCUGGAAGCUUGGGCAGGAACCAUGUAACCACAGCAGUAACUGGCUGAAAAAAGACUUUGAUUACCUAUUCUGGGUGCAAAUGUGUUGUGUUGAGGAGAAAGCAUACGCAAAAUGUCUUUAUCUUUAAUUUUAACCCAAAGCAGUGGGAACUGCAUUGCUGUUUUCUGCAUAGCAUGGUCUGCCCAAAGGAAAGAAAGGGGAGCAGGGGGAAUUGCCUGCCGUUUAUAUGGUUGAAUUUCUGUAAAAAGGUAUUUGCAAAAAUCAAACCUUCAGCUUUUGGACUGUGCUACUGCCACUGCUGGAUCUUCAUCUUCAAAAGUUUGGGCCAUAUUGAAUUGAAAUAAGCUGAAAAACACUCUGUAAUUUUAAGUCAGUUUUAGUGUGUCUAGAAGUCUUGUAAGGCAUUUAAAACCAGGAAAAGUCGUAAGCCACCAUCGGCUUCUUAUUGUGUUUAGGUGCAAGAAUGCUUUAGGUUUUUAGUUCUUUGCAAGUUCUAUUUAUAUCCCUCGACUGAUGUGUGGCCAGCCUUGUGUUUGUCACCGCAACGAUGUAGUCACUAUUCCCAUUUUAAUUGGUGAUAAUGAUUUGCAAUUGACAAACGCUGUCUUGGAAAUAGGGAAGAUUUAAAUUUCAGUUGUACAUUUUUCUACAUAGCACUACAAUGUUUAUGGCUUAUUUGUGAUAAUUGAUAACCCAUUCAGAUACGUGCACACAAUUAUUUUAAUUAAGAAACUACUAUGGAUUGCACUGUAUUAAAUAUCUUGAUUAAUUUUC